GGAUUCCCAUAUGACUUUUAGUUCCACAUGGCUCACUCUUUGCUUCUCCUCUGCCUCCUCCUUUCUUUCCUCAUCUCCUUCACCAACCAUGGCAUCGACGACGACGAACCUACCACCGGCCGUACAAAUCCAGAUGAUGCCCCCUGCAAUCUCCGGUCAAGGACCUUCAUUGCAGUGAAAAUGUGGUGCUUAUUCGUCGUCUUUGUAAGCGCAUUUUUGGCGGAUUGUCGCCGUGCUUCUUGAAGUGGAACGAGGGGUUCUUGGUUCUGGGAACUCAGUUUGCUGGAAGGGUGUUUCUAGGUACUGACACGAUGCAUUUCUUGAGCAAUGCCAAUGAGAGUUUUGGUGAUUUGAUGACGCAGAGUGGCGACAUGGAAGCUCAAGGUUAUGUUCGUAAUGGUUUUGUUCCUUUUCCGUUAAAACUCGCACAUUUUUUCUCCAUAACAAGGGGUCUCAAGCAGGGAAAAGACGACGGUCACAAUAUUCAGGUUUCUAUUGGCAGAAAAGCCACCCACUUCAAACACUCUUCAUUUGCAACAGUCAUCUCACUUGGAGACAACAUUCUCUUGAUUGUAGCCUUGUGCUUCCACUCUGUUUUUGAAGGUGUUGCCAUAGGAGUUGAAGAGACCAAAGUCGAUGCCUGGAAAGCUUUAUGAACCAUCAACUUGCACGAGAUAUUUGCAGCUAUUACAAUGGGAAUAACUCUCUUCAUAAUGAUCCCAGAUCGCCCUUUUAUAUUGUGUGCAAAGUAUGGAUUUGCAUUUGCUGUUUCGAGCUCAGUUGCGGUGCCAAUUGGGAUUGUGAUUGAUGCCACAACCCAGGGUGUAGUUACAAACUGGAUUUUUGCCAUAUCAAUUGCUGUAGCAUGUGGUGUUUUCAUCUAUGUACCAAUAAAUCAUCUGAUACCCAAGGGAUACAUACCUCAGAAGCCGACUGUUGAGACCCCCCUUUUAAAAUUUUUGACUAUUUUGUUGGGUAUUUGUGUGAUUGCUGUUGUCAUGACCUGGAACACCUGA